CUCCGAUCGGGGAUGGCGGAGGCCUUGGAUCAUUUAAAAAAAGACUACAGAGCAAGAUUCUGCCAUGGAGGAGGAGAUAAGAUUGAUCUACAGCAAGGUCAAAACUUAAUGAAACUCAUACAGGAUUGUUUUGAAAGUUGCAACAGUGAUCUUAAAACAAACUCUCCAAGUUGCUCAACCUUAAUUUUGAAAAAUGAGGAGGGGACUUCAGUGCAGAGCCAAAGGGUACAGGUACAUCCCAAGCCAGAGUCAGCCAGCUCUGUGAAAAGAGCCCGUAAAUCUGCAGAUCCUUCCCCUACAUCACUGCUAAAACCUGUCAGCAGCAGAGGACACUCUUGUGAAUCACACCUGAAGCCUGCAACACACGAUCAUGUAGCUGCUUCUAAAAAACCAGAGUCUUCUGUGUCUAAAAGUGAAAAAAAGAGUACAAUAAAAGAUGAAGCACUGUGCCAGCAUCCGGCUGUGCUUUUGGGCUCUGAGUAUAGUCGUGAGUCUGCUCGAUCACCUUUUCCUGUGGAGGAAGUGAAAAAUUCUCCUGUAGUUAAAUUGCAUUUUGAUAACUGGAGUAUGCCAGCUACAGCAGAGAGCCAUGCAGAAGUUGAAAAUUUGGAAGGACCUCAGCCUGGGAGAGAGGAGCAAGUUGUUCCUGUGCAAGGAGCAGAAUGUUUUGUUACAUCAUCUGCCCAGUCUGAGAAGCCUUUCUCUUCAGCUGUCUUAGCAACUGUAGCAACAAGAACACUUGGACAGAGAUAUUCAACCUCGAUAUCACCUCCAUCACCUUGUCCUGUGAAACAUCAAGAUAUAGAAAUAGAAGAUGAAUGUGAAUUUUUAAUUGAUGAAUCAAAUGGUGCAUCUUCUUGGAUUUCAAUAUCCACUAAGAACAAAAAAUCAAAAAGCGAUGGCUCUGCAAUUCCCAUUUCUAAAUCUCAGCCCUCUGAAAAGGAGAAGACGCAGAAUAAGAAAGUCAAGAACAGAAAAGUACAGGUUAAAGCACAUACUAAACAGAAACUGGAUCAUCUGGAUGUUGGAACCUUUGACUUCAAAGAAAUGUCAGAGUCUGAUCCAAUCCCUGAAAGUGAAGAAAGUGUCCUUACAUCUCAAAGCCAAAAGAGUACUCGUAUGGGAAAGACUAAAAAGGAUGCACUUAGACAAGACUCUCCAAACCAGAAAAAGUCUGGAUUGGAAACAAAACCAUCUUAUGAAGAGCAGUGUAAAACAUGGAUGCUGCCAAGUGAGGAUUUGCCUAUGCCCUCAUGUGGGCAUCAGGAAGAGCAGACUGUGUCACUAAAAAAGUCUCUCAGGUCUUCCAAGAAUCAGCAGUUGGCUUCUAAAGCUUCUCAGGAUUUAGAUGAGAAGGAACAAACUACCAAGGAGAAACUUCCAAGAGUCGAAGUAGCUAAGAGACGUCAGUUACAAAGAGAGGAGCUUUCUGACAGUGAGUCUAGCGAAGAAGAGCUUGAAAGAGAGCCUCUAAAAUUGAAUAAAGUGUGCACCACACCCUUGCAUCAGGAAUUAGAGACUCCUGUGAUUGAGAAGUUGACUAAAUCCAAAAAGCCUGGAAAUGUAUUACACGCACCGGAGUCACCUGUUGGUGCAAAUACAGCAACUCCUCUAGAAGCACUCCAGCAUCCCAUGGAGAGUGUGAAGAAUCCUGAAAAGAAAUGGUUGUCUGCCAAGUCCGCAGAGAAGAUACCCCGUAAGAUUCCAUGCAGAGCCAGUAAAGCUCUUUGCUCAAGCUCUGAAGACACUGGAUCUCAAACAGAUAUUGACAGCUCUUCUGUACAGGACAUGCCAAGGAAAAAACCCAAGUUACCAGAUGUGAAAAUAAAAAGUAACAAAAGAAAACAAAACAGGCGGCAUGGACCACAGGAUUCCUUUGUAGCUGAGAAGGCUGUGAGUUGCAAAAGUGGGCCUGCUCAAGAAGAUUAUGAUAAAUUUGCUUCCAGCACUGAAUCUCCUGGACAGGAUGAUACAUCUUCAGAUAAUUCUGAAGAUUUGAAUUACAAAUUAAGACAUCUGUUGUCAGACGAAAUAGCAAGGCAUAAAAUAGUAAUGCCUUCCAACACACCUAAUGUUCGUCGGACUAAAAGGAUACGGCUGAGACCUCUGGAAUAUUGGAGAGGAGAGCGCAUAAAUUAUACUAUGGAUUCUUCAGGAGGGCUUGUGAUUAGUGGACUAGUGCAUCCAGAAACAGAAUCUCCCAGGAAGAGUAAAAAGAGGAAGAAGGAUCAUCCCAAGCAGGAAAGAGAUGAAACAAGUAGGAACACAGACUUUUUUCCUUUGGAUACGUAUAAAAGUCUCUUUAAUCAAAUGCUCUACUGCUCUAAGAUUUUCCUCCCGCAAGAACCAGAUACAUUAACAGGAGACUUAACAGAAGAGUUAAUAGCUCCUUUAAAUGAAGAGCUCCAGUUUUGUUUUGUCUUUGUGUCCUCAGGUAGAAGGGAGACACCUGCAAGUUUGGAACACAGUUUCUUUGUGUCCUCAGAUAGAGGAGAGAUACCUGCAAGUUUGGAGCACAGCCUAGCUGAUGCGUCUAAUCUAGCCAUUGUACUGGACCCAGUAACAAAUAGGGAAGUGCCUCUAGAUUGUAUAAACAUUGCAAGCAGUGGUACUUCCCUCCUCAAAAGUGAAGCAGUAGAAAUAUACAAAGAUUUGAAUACAUCUCUUUUUGCAACUGGUAUAUUGGUUCUGAAACCACAUAAAGAAAAAGGGCAGCAAUGUGUCAGCACGGAUACAGUAGCUUUCCGUAUUAUCCGUGGCAAAGUUCUUGUAACGUUACAUAAGGCGUCGUAUUACCUGGCUGCAGGGGACUGCUUCUAUAUUCCAUCAGGAAAUAAAUAUAGCAUACGUAAUCUUCUGAAUGAAGACAGUGUUUUUUUCUUCACACAAAUCAAAGACAGAUGAAGAACUUUUCCUCGAAGAAGUUUGGUUAAACAUUUGGCAGUUUUUUGUAUGUUUUGAAGUUCUUUUUACGUACAAAAAUGUUUGAGCGGGCCCACCUUAAUGUUACAAAUAAAUACAGAGCAGCUGAAAUCAACAUAAGAAGAGUUGAGAAAAACAGCCCGGAAGAAUGUUGGUAGUUUGCUGUCGAACUGAAAUGACAUACUGAAGGGUCUUGCUCUGUAUCAGUUACUGUUCUUGUGCCAUCCAGUGACAGAAAGAUAAAAGUAUGAAAUGUGUGGGUAUAUUUGUUGCUCCAAAUUGUAUCAAUAUGCUUAAUCUCCCUAAAGAUGCUUAGCACUUGAAAAAACUGGCAUCUUCAGCUAACAUCUCAUAGGUAGUCUUAACGACUGCCUGGUACAACCUGCUUAGAAUAAUCCCUGUUUAAAUGGCAAAUCUGCUGUUUGAAUACCAGUAAUUGUUGUCUAGGAGAUAGGCUGCUGUAAGGCUGCUGUGCUGGGGUCCAGCUGACUUCUCAUAUGUUAACGACAGGCGCCCCUUCUUUGUCUGGCAGCUGGAUGAUUAGUACCUCGAAUCUGAAUAGGAAAAUGGGAGCUCUUAAGUAGGAGCUUAUCAGUUGUGUCUUUUGUGUGGAAGCUAUGGCCCGAUUGCUCUGAACAUUGUUGAUAGCUUUGUUUUGUGUAACAGUGAUAGGUCAUUGCCAAACUUAUGACUUUAAUAUCUCCUUUUGAUUUGCUUGCUGAGUUCCUGGAUGAUAAUGGGCACCUUUGGGAAAGCUGUAAUUAUACUGUAUACUCCAGAAGCCAAGUCUAGACAGCAGAUAGUAUACAUAGCAUUUGUCUCCCAAGCUCUUCGAGGUUCCUUCUGACUAAAGAUAAGGAUAAACUGCAGCUAUUCUCGUAUGCUGCUUUCUCUCUCUGGUCAUUGCUAUCCUUGAAGAGAAGGAGAUAAGGAAAAUUGAAUUGGAAUUGUGAACUUCUAAGGACUCGAGGAUUGAGCACUAACCUUGUAAUCAGUCUUGGCCAUAAUCUUUAUACUAAAUCUAGAGUAUACAUUAAAGUAGGAAAGGGGAAUUGGCUUUCAGCUGUCAGCUCUCUUCCUGUGUCGGUGAAAGGGCUUGGACACCAAGAUUACCAUGCCUUUGUGAAAGAUCCUUUGGUUUGGGGAAUUUGAGCUAGUACUCAAAUACUGUCGUUCUCUUUCAAGCAGUAGUUCAUAUGGUUGGUGCAUGUGUAGACUGACAGUGGAAAUACUUGGUAGAGGUUGCAUGCUCUGUUUCCAUUCAUGGCUAAGUCAUGCAUAACCCUGAGAAGGUGAAGCAGGAGCAUGCCUAUUGCCAUUCAGUUCUGUCUUGAAACAAACUACUAGUGUCAGAGUUCAGACUACACGAAAAGUCCUUUUUUGUCAGCCUCAACUUUUGUAAGCAGUUUAAAAGUUAAAAAAGAGUCAUUUAGUUACUUGAUACAAAUUUGAUGUUGGCAGCUUUUCUAAAUUUUGGGCUUGGGUUGGUCUCUUCAAAGUCAGCAAGAUUCAGAUAAUGUCCUUCCUGUGCUGGAGCCAUACCAGCUACCAGAUGGGCACACGUGCUGUCUCACUGCUUGAGGAAAUCCCACCCACUAAAAUGUUUAGUUUUUAAAUCUUUCAACUCCUUAGGCCUACAGAGAUCUGGAACUUUGCCACUUGGAAAAAGUACAGGGCUAGGAUUAAAACCAAGGACUCUGCUUCAAACCCAAGCAGGUCUUCCAGCAGUCAGGCCGUGGAUGUGAUGGUGUCUGAUCCCAGCAGCAAAUCGGUUCCAGUUGAAAAUCAGAACAAGAAAACUUUUCAGUUGUGUCAAUGGCCAGGGAGUUCUGAACAAAAAUGUCCUGCAAAUUGUUUUCUGUGCUAGCUGUCUACAGAUUGGUUAGCAGAAGGAUAGAUACUCAAGGGAUUAGCAUAGGGAAUUUAUGUGGAUGGACUGCAGGGCUUAUGGUCCUAAAGGAGAGUGUGGGUGGAUGCUGUGGUAGGGCUCAGCAGGCUGCUGCUUGCCAGGGAUGUGUUUUCAUUUGGUGGGCUGGGAUGAGAAGUGACGACAUUACUCAUGUCAUAUCAGACACUAAUGUGUCUUUGCUCUCUGCAACUCGGCAGCAAGGUCGUGAGGCAGUUUUCUUUUGAGUCAAGAGAGCGGAGUCCUUCAGGAUACUUUCUUAAGCAGAAUUAAUGUGUGCAGACCUUUUCUUGACACAGGCUGGAAAGUGCAGAUGUUCAAGUGCAGGUUUCAGGUCAGCAUGCCUGUUUGUGUUUUCCUAAUUCUAUGGAUGGGAGUGUCAAGGGAACAGGGCAGAUUUAGUAAAGUAUGUCGCCUUUUAGGCUGGAUGGUUUUGUUGCUAUUUUGGCUGGUUUGUUUCUUGAGAGAAAUGUCCUGUAUAGUUUGCAGAGAACAUUUUGCAGCUGGACUACAUCUAAAUACGUUUGUGGUUUACUGUUUUUUUAAGAAACAUUGUCAGGUUUGCCAAGGAAUGUUCCUUUAUUGCUCUGGUUUAUUGCAUAUUGCUCUGGUUUAGCAACAGUUCUAUUAUUUGUCACUAGAUGGGGCUUCAAGCACAGCUCUUAGUUCUUUGCUGACCUCUGCUCAUUAGGGUCUGGUUUUUGAAAGGCAAGAAGAGCAGUCUGUUACAGGUCAAGAUAAAUUUAGUUGAAUUCUCUUGCAAGGAGAUGCAAAUCAAUU